AUGAAGCUUGCUAUGAAGUUCGCUGCGGCUGACUCUGGGGUUGCCCAGUGUCUGCACUACACACAAAGUGACACCUGUAUCUCUGCUGCUAGUAGCAAGUGUGAUAAUGGCUACAUCGAGUGGCGGCCGAAUUCAGAGCUCGUCCGUUUCCCUCAAAGUAUCUCCAAGGUUAUGAAAAUGAUAUCUAAAUUUUGGCAGACAUGUUUCCUUCACUGGGGCUCGCACCUCUUAUCAACACUGAUUAGUCUCGAUCCUAUAAGGGAGCUAUCGAUGCCUCUUAUUGACAGCUACAUCCGUACCGAUCAUGACACCUACUUCCCCGUCUUUUCUGCUACCUCCAGUGUAGGAUGA